AUGCCAUCAACAUGCAAAUCAACAACACCAGCGUGGAUAGCAACUACAUGGAACCCAAGUCGCCCAAAAAAUAAAAAAACGCAGCGGCUCGAAACCCACCGGUGA